CGAUAGAUAGCUGGUGAUGAUGUUAGUUGGCAGAAACCUCCCAACGGUAAAACGUGGAGCGUAAAAUUUCGCGAUGUUAUGUUGUGGGAAACAGAAACCUCGCAACGGUAAGAAAGUGGAGCGGCAAUCAACGUAGAUAGGUAAAAUCCCAAUCAACGUAGACCAAAUUCAAAAGCCUAAUACAUGUCAAAUCCGCUCUCCGAAGAGAAUGAAGAAGAGCAAGCAUUUCAGCCGCCUCCCGCCCAUCACCCUUCUGCGCCUCCUCACGAGUCAUUCGACAUAUCAACGACAGUUGAUCCCAGUUAUGUGAUAGCUUUGAUAAGGAAACUUCUGCCUUCAGAUAUAAAAGAUGGUGUACAUGCUGUUCGAAGUGGUUUGAUUUGUGAACAACCCAAAGCUGAGGGCAGCAAAGAGGAUGCAGUGGAUUUACCUGAAAAUGGAGGAGAAGCUGAAGCAAUGGAAUCUUCUGAAAACUAUGGUAAACUGGAUCGACCACAACCUAGAAGUGAUGAUCACAAUCAAGGUGCGCCGACAAGCGAAGAAAUAUGGGAAGAGUGUGGAUGCAUUUUAUGGGAUCUCGCUGCAAGUGAAGAUCAUGCUCAAUUUAUGGUUGAGAAUCUUAUUCUUGAAGUGCUUCUGGCUAAUCUUGUAGUUUCUCAAUCCUCACGUAUUACUGAGAUUAGUCUUGGAAUAAUUGGAAACCUUGCUUGCCAUGAAAUGUCACGGAAAAAAAUAGCCUCUACAAAUGGAUUGGUUGGAGUGGUAGUUGAGCAAUUGCUUCUAGAUGAUGUACCUUGCCUUUGUGAAGCCUGCCGUGUGUUGACCUUGUGUCUUCAAAGUGCUGAAGGUGUUAUUUGGGCAGAAGCAUUGCAGGCUGAACCAAUUCUCUCUCGUAUCCUCUGGAUAGCUGAAAAUGCUCUAAAUCCACAGCUCAUUGAAAAGAGUGUAGGUUUACUCUUGGCUGUUUUAGAAAGUCAACAGGAAGUAACAGCUCUACUUCUUCCACCUUUCUUGAAGUUGGAUCUUUCAAGUCUUCUGAUCAAACUCUUGGCUUUCGAGAUGAGCAAACUGCAAGAAGACCGGAUCCCGGAGAGGUAUCCUCUGCUGGAUUUGAUUCUUCGCACAGUCGAAGCUUUGUCUACCAUGGAUGACUAUUCACAAGAAAUAUGUCUAAAUAGAGAGCUCUUGCAACUAGUGAAAGAGCUGAUCAAACUUCCUGAUAAAUUUGAGGUUGCGAGCUCAUGUGUAACAGCUGCAGUGUUAAUAGCAAAUAUUCUUACUGAUGCAAAAGAUGUAGCUUCUGAGUUGUCAAAAGAUCUGAAUUUCUUGCAGGGUCUAUUUGAUGUGUUUCCAUUUGCUUCUGAUGACACCGAAGCAAGGAGUGCAAUUUGGAGUGUUAUUUCAAGAUUAUUGAUGCUGGUUAAGGAAAGUGAGAUGAGCCCAUCAAUCUUUCACCAUCUUGUCUCAAUUCUUGCAAGCAAAUUGGAUCAGAUAGAAGAUGACCUCCUUGCCUGCCCAUUGGAUUAUGGAGAAUACAAAACAAUGGAUACUCCUGGCACAAAGAUGGAUGCUAAAUUUAUUGCUAUGAAAAGAAUUUCCGACAUUUUGACACGAUGGAAGUUCUUGAAUGAUAGAGUGAAGUCCACUUCUUCCAUGGAAGACUACUACAUCAAUGAAGAAGAUGUUGAUAAAUUGUUGCACUGCUGUUGCAAUGCAAUUUGUAAGCCUAUGGCCUCUCUAUGUAUGAUACUUUUGUGUACAUUCUUUGCUAGAUUAUGGCAACUGUUUUGUCUUCUGUUGCUCUCAAAGCAUGAUUUAUAACUGCAUUUGGGCGUGUGGUGUACUUUGUUUAGCUUUUUAAUUAACCACAGUAAAUUUGAGAACCGUACCACCAUUUAAUA